GUUCUAGCAGUAUAUAAGAAUAAAUUGUAAACAGCACGGACAUGAACCAAUUGACUGUUUUAUCAUUCGCCGAAAAGUAGUUGCGGCUACAUAGUUCCAGAUGGCAUAAAUGAAUGUAUGCGCCGCUAGUGUAACUUAGAAAAAGCAUUAUACAAAAAAUGACGGCCGACCCCUCUCAGACUUCUUUCUGCUACACGUAAAUUUUAUGAGCUAUCAAUAAUUGUAAAAAGAGCACUUCAUAUGAUUUAAUUACGCUGCACAAUAUUUUUCAUUUGCUUACUGACAACAAUAUGACAGACGCAAAAAGCUUAAAAGAAGCCAUCGAGCAAUAUGAGACUCAGCUAUCACAAGUAGAUGUGACACUAUCUGCAACGUCAAUAGGACCUGACAGAGACAAUUUGCUUAGCCUAAAGUCUGACAUCGAGGAACUCAUUUCGUUGACAAAAGAGAGCUUGCAAAAUCUUGAAGAACAUGGUACAAUAAACAAAAAUACAGAUGAAAAUUCUGAUGAUGAGACAGAGAGUGUAUUAGAUAAAGAAUAUGCCUUAUUCAAGGCAGAGGUGGAAAAUUUUUCGGAUGAUAGUAAAAGUACAAAACUGGACAGUACAACUACCGCAGCUUCCAGUAACAUUGAAGAUGAAUUGAAGGAGCUGGAGGGUAUGAAAUGCAAGGCCCCUUAUGGUAGUACUUGGAGUGGUACUAGUUACCAUAAUGCUAUGGUAUGUUCUGCUUAUAGAAGCAACGUGGAAGCAAUUAAAGAUAUCCAUGACAUUAAGGUUCGAGUCUUUUUUCUUAAUCCAACACACAAGGAAAUGAUUCCAUGCCCAUAUUUUCUUGAUGGUAGUUGUAAAUUUUCCGAUGAAAAUUGCCAUUAUUCUCAUGGUGAAAUUGUGCCAUUUUCAAGUCUACAGGAAUACAAGGAACCUGAUUUUCAUAGCAUUAAAAUGGGAAGCCGAGUAUUAACUAAACAAAAAAAUAAUAUAUGGCAUAGAUCUGUGAUUUUAAAAUUACCUGAAAAUGAUGGGGAUAAGUAUAGAAUAAAGUUUGAAGCAAGUGGCAAAAUCGUGGAAUCUAGUUUACAAGAUCUUUUACCUCUUGAUGAUGCAGAUUUAGAAAUGUCAGAUACCUCUGAUGAUACUGAUGAUGAUGAUUCUGUUUGUAAUUCACCAUCGUACUCGAAUGACGAACUGAUUCACAAAUCUCUUUUAACAUUACAAUCUACCGAAUCUUUAGGAAAUUGGGAGAAACAUACACGUGGAAUUGGUAGCAAAUUAAUGCUGCAAAUGGGUUAUGUAAUUGGUACUGGUCUUGGAAAACGUAGUGAUGGUAGAAUAAAACCUGUUGAAGCCACAGUCUUACCACCAGGAAAAUCAUUAGAUCAUUGUAUGGAAUUACGUGAAUUUGCCGGUGGUGACAAAGAUUUGUUCUCUGCAGAACGUAAAAUGCGUAAGCAGCAACAAAAAUUAGAACAACAAAGAGAAAGACAAUAUCAAAGAGAAAAACAGAAAGAGGAUAGAAAUGUGUUUAAUUUUAUCAAUAAAACAUUAGGCGAUAAACCUAAAGAUGACGUAGGUAGUAGUUCACAAAGUAAAGAUAAACUUAAGGCAGAAUCGAAUAAGAAUCUAAAUGUAGCCAGCUUCCAAAUUGCGAAGACAAUAAAUUGUUUAGAGAAGGAAUCGUUAAAACUUAAAGAAUCAUUAAUAAGGCAUACUAAAGGUAGUAUACUUUACAAUAAUAUUUUGAUGAGAUAUAAUGAGAAACAAAAGGAGCUUACUAAUUUAAGAGCUUCCGAGAAAAGUAUCGCCGCUGAACAAACUCAAAGAAAAAAUAAAGCUAAAUUAACUAUAUUUUGAUACCUAAGUAGCAUGAAUGUAAAAUAUCAAUAAAAUAUGUUAAAUAUGUUAAA